AUGUCCAGAGUCAGUCUCCAAUCCCCGCUCCUCCAGGCGGUGCUGCGGCGGCCGACCGCCCAGCUAAUUCCGCGCUGCACUCUGGCGACCACAAAACCCACCGUUGCUCGCAGCAUCUCCCACCUCCCCACUCUGCGCCCAACCCUCACCACCCCAUCACCCCUCUUCCGCGCCGCCAACGCCCAGCGCUUCACACCAACAACGAUGUCCGAAACGACGACAACCGGGCGAGGUAGCGGACGUGCUAGCCAAGACGUCUGUUACGGCGCACCCGGCGCUCGCGGGCUGCGCCAGCCAGAUCCGCUGCGGACCCCGCCCAAACAUGUCCGGCGCCAGCCGCCUGAUCCAGAAGCGCCGCCACGGCUUUCUCAACCGCCUUCGCUGUAA